CAAGGCUCCGGCACCGGACCGUCCAGCGGCAGUAGACAUGGGUGUUUUGGUGCAAACAGUCGUUUUCCUGGUGGCUGCUGCUCUUGCGGUGGGUACACCGUUCGUCAAUGACCUUCUUCCUGGACAAGAAUGGCCACCACGAAGCUCAGUUAAACAACCAUCCGAUCUAGUGCUUACUGAACCCCAAGAAGCAAUUACUAAAGAGUCCUUGCAAAAUGUUGACAAUGCUGCAGAAAACAUAGUUGUGAUAGAAGCAGAAAAAGAAGCAGCAGAAAAGCAGAAAGAUGUGGAAGAAACUUCUAACGUUGACGACGGUGGAGUUCCUGAACCUGAUAUUGUUGCUACUAAAGCAGUAAGCGAAAAUAAUGAAAAACCACAAAAGGUAGACUACACUGGCGCCCAAGUUUGGAAAGUGCCUACAGAUAAAACCGGAGUACGUGUAGUUCUUUCACGAUUGAGGCGUAGAAACUUAAUCUCGCCAUGGGGGAGCAACGGUACUGCCAUCGACGUAUUGGUUAAACCUAACGUCAUUGCAAAUGUUACUCAAAUAUUGAAAAGAGAAAAUAUUUCAUUUACUGUAUCCAUUGAAAACUUACAAAAAAUGAUCGAUGAAGAAAACCCACCCUUAGAUGAAGCUGAAGCAGAACUUCAAGAUAGACGUGGACAUCGCAUGAACUGGAAACAAUAUCAUCGUUUGGAAGAUAUCUAUGGAUUUAUGGACUACCUCGCCAAAACCUACCCUGCUAUCGUUAGCGUCAAUACAAUCGGAAAAUCAUAUGAAGGACGAGAUUUAAAGGUUCUCCGCAUUUCGGACGGUAAAGCGACAAACAAAGCUGUAUUUAUUGACGGAGGAAUCCAUGCGCGUGAGUGGAUCAGCCCCGCAACCGUUACCUAUUUCAUUAACCAAUUCGCCGAAAACUUCGAUGUCGAAUCUGAUGACAUCAAAAAUAUUGACUGGUAUUUCUUGCCCGUAGUAAACCCUGAUGGUUACGAAUUCACUCACGAAGGUGAUCGGCUUUGGCGUAAAAACAGACGGAUUCCAUUAACUGGCAGAGCUUGCUCUGGAAUUGACUUAAAUAGAAACUUUGGAUAUAGAUGGGGCGGUAAAGGUACCUCUAGUAAUCCUUGCAGUGACAUCUACCGCGGAACUAGGGCAUUUUCUGAACCAGAAUCAAAGGCUUUAUCAGAAUUCAUUACAAAAAGUGCUGCAAAGUUUUCAGCAUAUUUGACAUAUCACAGUUAUGGACAGUAUCUACUUUAUCCAUGGGGUUAUGACAAUGUUGUCCCCCCUGAUUACAAGGAUCUCAAUAUUGUUGGGCAAAGAAUGGCAGAGGCAAUAGCAGGCACCAGCGGCUACAAAUACCAAGUGGGAUCAUCAAGUAAACUUCUUUACCCAGCAGCAGGAGGCUCAGACGAUUGGGCUAAGGCACAAGGCAUCAAGUAUGCAUAUACAAUAGAACUUUCUGACACUGGACGGUAUGGCUUUGUGCUGCCAACAACCUUCAUAGAACCAGUGGCCAAGGGAUCUCUAGCUGGUCUAAGAGUACUAGCAGCACAGAUUAACAAAGAGUGAUAUUAAAUAAUACCGAAUUUAAAUGCCAUUAUAUUGUACUGAGUUG